AUGUCUGUCAGUGCAGCGAAUAAGUUGGGCGACACCCCACUGCAUGCUGCUUCAUGGCGUGGUCACAGAGAUUGUGUACAAAUACUUCUUGAUAGUGGUGCCAAUGCUUGGAUACGAAAUCGAGAUCAAAAGCUGCCUAUCGAUGUGGCCAAGGAUGCUGAAAUCGCAGGCUUGCUUGACCAAGCAAUGAGGCGAGACACAAGAAACGAAGACUGUGAAAAUGAGUACGAAUCUGGAUCUGAUCAAGAACAAUAA